AGUCAAGAAACAAAUGCCGGGUUAAAUCUUGCAAGGCAUGCCGGCCAUGGUUGUAAUACCAACCAACGGCUACAGGAGGCGCCGCGUUCUCGUUAAUCAAGUACAUUCUAUCAUAUCCAACCGCGUUCAGAACAAUGAGGAGCAGUACCUCGUUCGAUGGAGUACAGCCACCGCCACCACAACCCCACCAAUCAGUUGGCAUCCAAUCAGCGAGCUGGUUCGAUGUCUGGAACAUGUUCAAGAUUACCUGGAAAUAAGGGAGCGGGACAUGAAGAUCUCACCUCUUACAGACGGAACUUCACGGAAACGAAAGAGCCCAGAAACUGCGACGGAUAUGGAGCGUCGCCCUUCGCCGUUUGAUCGUCGACUACAAGCAGAAAGCAGAACGCCUUCUGUAUCUCGAUCCUCUUCAGUAUCAUCUGCGGUUCCUUCAACAUGUACUUCUGUUGAUAUCUACAAUGGUGUGCUAGAUGCAGAUGGGGAUGGUUUCAUAUACUGUCGCCCUGAGUUAGGUGCAGAUGUGUCCCGAGUCGACAUUAGGACAAUCCCAACACCAGAGAUGAAGAGGGCUGCCUAUAUCGCAAAAGUAGAUAGAGCGCUCAUACUCAUCCGCGAUGCGUAUGUGAGGCGGCUUGCUCGAGUACCUGGAAAGCCUAUCCACUUGAUCAACUUGGUUGAUUCGUCUACGCCAUCGCUACGAUUUCGCUAUAUUUCCGACUAUGUCUUGGAUGAGCAACAAGGCGUAUAUCGAGCUUCCUCCGAGACGCAAGAAGGUUGUCUACAAUGUUCUCCGCACAUGGGCCGCAGUAUUGGAUGUGAAUACACCAAGAAAUGUGAUUGCCUUGAAUAUGCCGCUGUCGACGUGUCCCGCAUCAGCGACCCUAAAAUGAUGCAAGAAUACGAUGAUGCUAUCGCCAACGGAGGUUCUACGAUGGGGUUUCCGAAGAAAUUUCCAUAUUUUGCGGAGGGCACGAAAAGGGAGAGGACUGGAUGCCUGGUCCCGUUCUACCUCGAAUCCCGGCGUCCUAUCUACGAGUGCAACGACAAAUGCCACUGUGGUCCUUACUGCCGAAACAAAAACGUCCAGUUUGGGCGUACAGUAGAAGUUGAAAUAUUCAGGACCAGCGGGGGCCGUGGAUGGGGGCUACAUUGCAAAGAGGACCUCCACGAGGGCCAGUUCAUCGACACAUACCGCGGAGAAAUUAUCACGGAUGCUGAGGCUACACGCCGCGAGAAUGCCUCGAGCAAAGACAAAGGGUCAUAUCUAUACUCGCUCGAUAAGUUCGCCGAAUCUGAGGACCUUGCCAAGGAGGAUAUGUACGUUGUCGACGGCGAGUUCAUGGGCGGUCCCACGAAGUUCAUAAACCAUUCCUGCGAGCCUAACUGCCGACAGUACACAGUCUCCUAUAACAAGCAUGACCCUAGGGUGUACGACAUCGCUUUGUUUGCCUGUCGCUUUAUCCCUGCGGGAGAGGAACUUGUUUUCGAUUAUCUCGACAAAGACGAGGAUGAGCCGAUGGAUGAGCCGGGUGAGGGUGCGAUUCCAUGCCUCUGUGGUGCUGAAAAGUGCCGCAAAUGGCUGUGGACAUGAUUGGAGCGGAGGAGGUAGUCAAGAUGCUAUAACAGAGACACACGCAGAUACCGAUUCACACGUUGAGCAUCAACUAGGCUCGGACUCAGUGAUCUGCUAUCUAUUCCAGUGGAUGGCUCUGCUCGAGCGACCGGCAUUCUAUUUUUUUUUCGUCCUUUUAUUUGCUCAUCCCACAUGAGCGAUUCUUUGAACAAGUCUAGGCUUGAAUUCUGUGCAGGAAGAUGUUCGGUAGGGUAGCGUGCUUAAUGAAACAAUUCUGUCCUC